AUCUAGAAAUAGUUCAGCGAGAGCAGUCGCUUCGUGUGCACACACUUCUUGCGCAAUUCCCAAAAAUUGAUGCGAAGUCUCUGUUCCAAAGAUACUGUGUGGAAAAUAGGCUCACAAUUAAAUUUUUGCUCAAAUAUUUUUCUGCUCUUAAAACCAAUUUUACUUUAUAUUUUCUUUUUGGUGUUUUUUGUGUGUCUGUGAUCUUGAAAUUGAGUUCAAUAGUGAGUCAAGUGAUUGAAUUUCGUUGUAUAAAUUCUUGUAAAUCAUACUGAAACAUGAAAUUUUAGGAAUCUCUUGGAAAAGUAACUCAAUCCUGACAUCACAAACUAAUAUGAUUUGUGCCAAAAGUCUUACGCCUAGCACAGCUGCAGUGAACCAAAUUAAAGGAAAAUGAAGCAUCAAAGUGAAUUAAAAAAAAGCCAAAGAAAUCCAUUUAUUUUGCUGAAACAUUGCUAAGAGUAAUCAAUAUAAAAAUUAAAAAAAAAAUGGCUAUUCAAGUGCUAGAUUAUGAUCAUUUUGCCAUCAGUGCAAUUGUCACAGUUGCAAUGCAAAUAAUAUUCUUCAUAAUAGCUGCAACAUUUCAACUGGACAAACUCACAGACUUUGCCGGUGGCGUAAAUUUUAUCAUUGUGGCACUCCUUACUUUCUUCCUGGGUCAAAUUGAUCGCACAAUGAAGGCCUACGAUAGCCGACAACUCAUGGUCACUGUUUUUGUAUGUAUAUGGGGUGCUAGACUCUCAGGAUAUUUGCUGUAUCGCAUUGUUAAGAUCGGAAGGGACAAGCAAUUUGAGGAUACAACAAGAAAUGUAAUCCGAUUCGCAGUUUUUUGGACCUUUCAAGCCGUUUGGGUAUUUGUGGUGUCCCUCCCUGUGAUAAUCAUCAAUUCUCCAAGGCACUCUCAACCAAAUGCUCCCAGGACAAUGACAACUCUAGAUUCUGCCGGCACUGGGAUGUUUACAGUUGGUCUCUUAGCUGAGACCUAUGCUGAUUUACAGAAAUUUUCCUUUCGACAGGAUCCUGCAAAUCAAGGAAAAUUCUGUAAUGAUGGACUGUGGCGUCUUUCACGACAUCCCAACUAUUUUGGAGAGAUUGUAAUCUGGUGGGGCAUUUUUGUCAUUUCAAUCAACGUGAUCGAUGGCUUUGAAUGGGUGGCAAUCUUAUCACCAAUUUUCACGACAUUCAUAAUUCUCUUUCUCUCCGGGAUUCCAUUGCGGGAAAAGUCCUCAGAUGACAAGUACAGAGAUAACAUUGAGUAUCGUAAGUACAAGGCUGCAACCUCACCCCUCAUCCCAAUCCCACCAGCAAUAUAUGGUGAAGUUCCCAGAGCCCUCAAGUUCAUUCUGUGCUGCGAAUUUCCUCUGUACGACUCUUUGGACAUCCACACCGAAGAGAUGCCGUAUGCCAUUUCAUUGUCCCACUCCCACACAUAGCAAUCAAUGCCCGGACCCAGUACCCAGCACCAUAGGUCUUCGGGAUCCGGGCAUCAUCAGCGUAGUGUCACAGCAGCCACUUCAUCGUCUGCUUCUACGGUCCAGGAUGACCAGGAAGCAAUGACAAAGCAGUACUUCGUGGCAGCUACUGCAACCCACUGCAUCCCUGGGGCUACAGGGAGCUCAACUGUCACCACCAUUCUGUGAUUCCCCCGCCUCCGGAAGCAGUGAGUUCGAAAUUAGACCAUUAUAUGAUCAAAAGUCAAAAUUAAACCAAACUACACAAACUACAUAUAUAUAUUUUUUUAAGUCAGGGCUUAGAUGGUUAAAAAAAAAGCAGUAAGAGGGAUAUUGAGGUUCAAAUAUAGAAUGUGUGAUUAUCCAUAUUAAAUGCACCCCCUAUCGUCACAAACAACAACAAAAA